CUAUUCAGCCCCCUGUCCAACUCCACCUCUCCAUUAACAUCAGACCUCUGUGACAUCAGUCGGCAGAGUUUUGUGGGGAUGGUGAAAAAAGCAGUGGCUCAUAUGGAAAAGAAAAUCAGUAAUGAGAUUGAGAUGGUUAUUCAUGAGGUCAGGCUAUCUGAUGGUUGUGAUGCAGCUGAGAAAGUGAUGACGGAUGAGUUCUUUAAAGAAGCGUGGACUCUGCCGCAGGACAAGCUGAUGAUGAUCCAGCAGUGUAAUGCAGUGGAUGUGACUCUAGACCCCUACACAGCCAAUUCCAAACUUGUGGUGUCUCAAGGUGGGAAACAACUGAGAUUUGCUGGAGGUCUACCGUCUUGUACUGCUUUAUUUGGGAGAAGUUUUGUACGACAACCGUUUGUUCUUGGGAAAGAGGGUUUUUCCUCCGGCAGGUUCUACUAUGAAGUCCGGGUCACUGCAAGCAAAGGCUGGCUCUUGGGAGUGGUCAAAGAGUCCAUUAACAGGGAGAUAUUAUUCUUUCCUACCCCUCAGGAAGGUGGCUGGACAAUCAUUCACAUCUAUAAUCCAAUAACCAAAGUCCAUGAGGAUUAUUUUGCUAAUAAUUUAAGCACUGCUCCGCUGUACCUGAGGCAAAGGUCCCAGACAGUGGGUGUGUUUGUUGAUUACGAGAGGGGAGAGGUCUCCUUCUAUGACGUGGAAGCCAGGACUCUGAUCUACUCCUACACGGGAUGUGCCUUUAUGGAGACCCCACCUUCACAACAAGAUGUUCUCUAUUCAAUGGCUGCCACAUCUUCAAGUAGCAAACCAAAGCUCUACCCUAUUUUUGGUAUCUUUGAAAAUGAUUAUGACAACAUGCUCGUAAUCACUCCUGUAGUUUGAGCAAGUUGAAGUCUUGCAUACAGCAGGGGAAAUGAAUGUGUAAGUUGGAACGAAAGGUUUUCUCAUUUCAAAACAUUUAAUGUUUCUCAGGGUUUUUUUUUGUGUUAAGUAAUCGGGCACAAACAUUAUUGGAAUAUACAUUAUGUUUCUUCUUUUUUUUUAGUGACAGUAGUUAUAGGAGUUGCAUCACACAUUACAAAAAGAAAAUAACACUUUGUAAAUCAUAGUUUUUGAUUUAAUUCUUAACUUUUUGUUUUUCUAGCCAUAUUACGAAAACAGUCAGAUUUGACAGUUCAAAGUCAAGUCAAUUUUAUUGAUAUCACAAACACUAAAAGAAUCCCACCCAACAAACCUUUUAGGAGUGAAAAAAAUGAAAGAAACCUUCGGAGGAGCAGACGGACCGAAAUACAAUUGAUGUUGUGUACAGAAUAAUCAAAAUGACAGUAUAGACAAUCAAAAACAGAAUGUAAACUUAUAUGACGAUUGGUGAUUAGGUUCAUUUCAAAUCGUGGAGAAAGGUUGAAGGUAGAUUAUAUUGACACAACUCGUUGUAAUACAUGUAUCUGUCCAGGAGGUGGCACCAUUGUUUAACCAGUGUCCUGGUCUGUUUCUCAAAGAUGCUACCAUAGAAGCAAUAACCAGGCGUGGACAAUGGCGUCAGAGGAACCCAAUGACAUCUUUGUCACUUUCAAAACUGUUUUUUGAUUUUUAGGUUUAAGAUUCAUCUACCUACAGAAAAUUAAUCUUUAAAAUCAUUUUGAUAACAGAUUAAAAAAGAAUCUACUUCUGCUUCUCAAAUGUAAAUAUCUGCUUCCAAACAAGUUCCUUUAGCCUACUAUUCAAUUUAGAAGUGCUCUUUUUUUCUUAUAAGAUAGGCUUACAUUUUUUUUGUCCUACCUUGUUGGAUGGCGGGGAGGCACAGCGUCAUUCCAUCACAAACGAAAUAUAUCACACCCACAGUAGAUGUCACAACAACAUCACGUGACGCUUCUGAAGAUGACUGCAGAGUCUGCAGCUGAAACUGUCAAGGUAAGACAAAAAAACUUUAAGCCCGUCAUAUUAGAAAGAAGAGCACUUGUGAAUAUUUGCAUGUUUUCUCAGGCAUAUAUAAUAGUAAACCAAAUAUAUAUAUUUUUUUUAACUGAUGGUUGAACAAAAUCAGCUACUUGAAUGAAAUUGUGAUGGACAUUUUUCAAGGUCUUUAUUAACCUAAUUAAUUAAGUUGAUUAAGUUAUCAACUUUUAACAUUUCACAUUACUCCACCUGCUUUAUGCUAUGUAUCAACACUUUUGUUCAUCAGUGACUUCUUGGAAUUCAAAUUGUGAGCAUAUAAUACGUGCCCUUUUAUGAGUUGAUUUCCGUGAAACCCAUUGACUUCAGGGUCCACAUUCCACUUAUUGCACUUUUGAAUACAAGCUUUUAUUGCAUGCCAAGACAUCUGGUAUGAUUGACCAGAA